ACACCACCGACUUACCUAACUUUACAAUCUGGGAAAUUCCAUUUUCCAUUGAUAAAAAAUCUGAUAAGAAAGUCAAUGGAUAAAAAUACAGAGAAGUCAAAGUCAGUCAAGCUGGUCUAAAUCACAUAAACCAUAGAAAACUGUAUAUUGUCAUGGCAGACAUAACAGGUAAAGAACUCAUAAAGCAAGAUGUAGCAGAAGGAAACCAUGAUUCAAUGAAUGAGUCACAUGAUGAGUAUAACCAAGAAGUCCCUAUAAAGACUAUGUCUGAGACUAGUUCUUCAAAGAUAUCAGAGGACAGAGUUGACGAUGACAGCAGUACACUUUUUUACUUCAAUGAUUAUAGAGAUGGUGGAGUAAGAUGCUCUGGAUUGCAUUCUGCACUGCUGUUGCAAACAUCAAUCUCAACAACAGAUAGUGUGGUUGAUACAUGCCAUCAACAGGAGGCCAAUGCUUCAAAUCUGCAGGAAGAUGCUUCUGGUGAUCACAGCAAAAAUUCAGAUAUAGCUGAGGUAGAGUUGUUUACUCCUCAAUCUGAUGUCAAUAAUGCUGAUUCUAGAGUAUCUCAAGAAAAAACACAAGAAGCCGAUGUCCAUUCAAUUGAAGAAAGAAGUAAAGAAGGAAGAGAAGACAUCAUUGAGAAGACAUCAUUUUAUCCUGGAUCUGAAAAUGAAGAAAAAUGCAAUGCUAGUUUGGUAAACUGUAUUGAAGAUUCAGAUGUCCAUUCACUUAAAAAAAGAGAAAAUGAAAGUGUAGACACCAUUAAGUCUUCAAUUCCAGGUCAUCUUUUAUUUGAAAAUAAUGAAAAUCCCAAUCAUGUUGCAGUGGAAAAUAAUGGAGAAACGAAUAUACUAUCACAAAACAAGGAAGAGGUUGAUGAGUAUAAAUUUGAUGAAUUGAAGAUAGACAAGGUUCCGAGGAAGGCAUCGAGUAAGGUUAAUCCUCUAGAUACUGGAGUAAGAUUUACAGGUGGAAUUCAAUGCUUCGAUUGGUUUCAUGGACAACCAAACAAAGAUGAGAAUAAGGAUUUGGCAUUUGAAUUGUGUAAAAAACAUGGCCGUCCACAAUCACUUUUUUGUAUUGUGUGCGAACUUUCCUUAUGUGACUCAUUUGCAUGUAGGUCUACUCAUUUUGAGCAUGCUGUGGAAGAAAAAGAUGAUAUUUCUAACUCAGUAAUGGAAAAGUUGAAGACUAAGUAUAAAACAGAACACAGAUGAUUGUCUGGAAAAAUAUAGAAAAUAUAAAAAUGCUCUAAUAGUGGAACUGAACCGUGAGGAAUCCAGAUUGGAAAAUGAAAUUGCAAAAAUCCAUCAGUCUAAUUUGCAGACCUGGAAACAAAAAACACAGCCUUUGAAAAAUAUUCGAAAUGAUCUUGAAUUUAUGGUUACAAAAGCAAAAUUUCACAGGAAUCCAAGAAAUCCAAAAAAUUUUCAAAGACUUUUGCAUGAUUUAAACAGGGGACAACAGAUUGUGGAUGAGUUACCGUCACUUUACGGCCAAGUGUUUUUACAUAAUGCAGAAUCUGAACCACUUGAUAUUGAGAUUGAUCCGAUUUGUAACAGUUGGAAAUUUAUUAAGCUUAAGAGUCCUAGGCCUCAGCAUAUUCUAGAUGACUCACUGACUGAGUGUGCACAAGUUUCCAAGAAUGUUACUUUUAAGGAAAUACGCUGGUCGCAUUAUGUAUCUGAGGACAUUACAUCAUCAUCAGAACAACUCAAUACGUUAUCCUAUUACCAGAAUCCGUUUUUUAAACCAAGCACUUCACGGUCAACAACAACAGAAAGGACAGCAUUUACUUCUUCAUUAUGGGGUAUGGAUAUUAACCAUGGCAAUACAGAUGAUAUUUUGUCAGCCUUUAAAGAUUUUCCAAGUAAACAAGAAGCAACAGUAAGAGUUGAACCAUUAUUCGGCAGCAAACAACUUAAUAAAGUUACUACCUCUGAAAGCAUUGUAACUCAGUGUAAUGCUCUACUAUUAGGCCAAUCAACUCAACCACCAACUAAUGUUUGUGCAUUACAACCAGCACAAAGUAGUUACGUGUUCGGAAGCCAACUAGCAAAAACUACUUCUCCAUUGGCCAGUGUUCCAGCAAUGAUUGCUCCUGCACUUGGAAGUCAAUCAGUGGAAAGUACUUUUUUGUUUGGAAACCAAGCAACACAGAGUACAUUUUCAUUCGAAAGAAAAUCGACAGUCAGAUUAUCUGGUUGUAGAUCAAAAUUUAAUAUUUCACAAAGGAAAAUAGGCAAAUCGAAAGCUACAUCCCUGGCAUCACCCACUUCUUUAUUUCCAGCAACAAAUACUCAAAGUGUUUCUUUAUUUGGAAGUAAAUCAGCAACAAAUUCUGCUGCAUUUAGAAGUCAAUCACCACAAAGUACUUCUCUUGGCCAACCAGCACAACCUCUGUUUGGAAGUAAACUGGCAACAAGUGCUCCUCAAUUAAGAAGUGAAUCAACACAAAGUGCUUCUAUGUUUGGCAGUAAAUCAGCAACCAGUGCUCCUGCAUUUGGAAGUCAUUCACCACAAAGUACCUUAAUCCAACUAGCAAAGAGUCCUCCUCCAUUUGGAAGAGAAUCAAUGCAAAGUGCUUCUUUGUUUGGCAGUAAAUUAGCAACGAGUGCUCCUGCAUCUGGAAUUCAAUCACCACAGAGUACGUCCCUAAGCCAACCAGCACAACCUCUAUUUGAAAAUAAACUGGCAAAGAGUCCUCCUCCAUUUGGAAGUGAAUCAACGCAAAAUGCUUCUUUGUUUGGAAGUACAUCAGCAACAAGUGCUCCUGCAUCUGAAAGUCAAUCACCACAAAGUACCAUAAUCCAAGCAACAGAAUUUCUAUUUGGAAGUAAACUGACAAUGAGUCCUCCUGCAUUUGGAAACGAAUCAACGCAAAGUAGUUCUUCUUUGUUUGGAAGUAAAUUAGCAACGAGUGCUCCUGCAUUUGGAAGUCAGUCACCACAAAUCAAACCAGCAGAAUCUUUAUUUGGAAGUAAAAUGGCAAGGAGUCCUGCAUUUGGAAGUAAAUCAACACAAAGUAUUCCUUUAUUUGGAAGUCAAACAGCAAAAAGUACCUUUUUAUUUGGAAGCCCACAGAGUAACUUUUCAGUUGGAAGUGAACCACUAACAAAUGCUUUUGAACUUAGAAGUCAACGAGCACAGGAAAGUGAAGAAGAAGAAGAUGAAGAUUAGGAGAGUGAAGAUAAAGAUGAGGAAAGUGAACAUGCUGGUUGUGAACCAAGCGCUUCACUGUCAAUUAAUUUGUUAUCUUUACUGAAGACUUCACUCAUCGUGGAACUUGAAAAUAGGGGUUCAACAGUCCGUAUCUGUUCAUACAACACCAAUAUCUGGCAGUUAUGUUUCACUACUGUAUCUAAAGCUACAUCUCUUCACCUUUCACUCCUCUAUGAAUUUGUUCCGUUAAAAACACCAAAAGAUAAAUUUUAUAUAGCAAUUUUAAUGUAUAAAUAUUUUUAUGGCACUGAACCAUUAAGACUAUAUAAAACAAUUGAAAUGGUAUUUGGCAGGCACAGAUUUUAGUGCUAAAAAUUCACAAAAACAUCAAAAACUUCAUUAGUUCAUAGUAUACUAGUAUCAUUUUAUAAAUAAUACUAGAGUGUAUAAUUGUAUUGGUAGAUAGUUUGUCAGAUUGAAGUACUGUAUAAGUUUUAAUUGAUAUAUUUUUUAAUUUAGUUAUUUUAUACUUUUAAACACAGUUGUCCAAAUUUAAAUUAUUACAAAACUUGCUUGGAAAAUAUGCUGUAAGAUCUGUUUCUAUUUUAAUUAUUAUUUUUCUUGGAUUGAAUAUUAUAUUAUGUUUUUCGUUUAAAGUUUAAAGGGGCUGGGAGGGGGGGUCACAAGGCCUCUCCUAUCCCUAAUGCCCCAUCAUUCUAAAAGAAAUCACAUUCUGUAUUCAACAAUUAACCAAUGUCAAAUGAUAAUAAGAUUGUGUUGAUGAUCUUAAAAAAAUAAUAUACUACUGUGAAGGGGGCCCUACUGAGUAGAGUAGGCCUAUAUUGCUCGUGCUCGAGGGGCUAUAAAAACAUUUUGAUAAAUAAAGAAUGAUGCUCUUUUGAUUCAGAUUAGACUAGCAUAUAUCCUUUUUCAGACCAAAGUAAUUUGUGGUAUCGUAACAUUUUAUCAAAACAAUCAAUUUGGUUACUUGAACGUCUUUUAUUGGACUUGUCAUAUGUCCUUUUUCAGACCAAAGUAAUUUGUGGUAUCGUAACAUUUUAUCAAAACAAUCAAUCAAUUUGGUUACUUAAACAUCUUUAUAUUUUCAAGCCUAUUUAUGCGGAUGCGGAUGGCGCAAAGAAAACGUGAUCUAAAGUCAUAGGCCUAUAAAAUUUUGUCCAUCUCCGUGGGUUUUUUUUAUAGGGUUAGUAGUCUAUUCUUUAAUGUUGGAAUUGUACCUUAUACAGCAAAGUACAACAUUUAUUGGUUUAUAAUGCUUAAAUUGCUUAUUUGGCUAAGCUCAUAUGGGGCACAGACCAAUACAAUUAUAUUUAAGCAUGUAACCUAUGGACGCUAAUGACAAUGCAUGCACACAAAUAUUCUAAUUAAAGAUGUGUGUGCAAAGUAAAUUUAAGUGAAAUUAUGGAGCAUUUACAUGAGUGUCCAUUUUACACAAAAAAAAUGAACGCCUCCCUCGAAUAAAUGCCCUGCAAAACCCAUUCUCAACAAUAAACGCCUCGGGGCGUUUAUUUGAAUAACUAUUGUGAAUAAAUACAUAACACUACUCAGAGCAUGUAUUAAACAAUGUCGGGUUUAAGUUCCGGUGGAAGAUGACUUUGUCAAUCUUGAUUUCUUCAGUUGCAUUUCAUUGUAUUAGAUAAUAUUUUUUGUACAGGAUUAUGCGGUUUGUCUUUUUUCAUUAUAUUCGUAUGACAGUAUAGAGAAAAUGAAAAGUAUGGAUUAUUUUAUAUUAUGAUAUUUUAAUAUAAAUAUGGGGCACGAAGAGAGUGCACUUGACUAGUGUUCUUGUCCGAUUUUGUAUCUAAUUGUAGGGUUUGGGGUUCUUCUGGUCUUUUGGUCAAAUAAACAAAUGAAAUAAAGUGACAGCUAUGAAAA